UACCAAGGCCAAAGAACCUAGUAGAGUAUUUAAGGCGCAUGCGGCCACCGUCCCUCAGCUCUCGCGAGGUUUUGUCUCCCGGAAGCGCUAGAGGUCGUUCCCGGUCAGCCGCGUAGAGAUGUGUGGGGACUGUGUGGAGAAGGAAUAUCCCAACCGGGGUAACACCUGUCUGGAGAAUGGAUCUUUCUUACUGAACUUUACAGGCUGUGCAGUGUGCAAUAAGCGGGAUUUUAUGCUGAUCACAAACAAAUCCCUAAAAGAGGAAGAUGGAGAAGAAAUAGUGACCUAUGAUCAUCUGUGUAAAAACUGUCAUCAUGUAGUGGCCAGGCAUGAGUAUACAUUCAGUAUCAUGGAUGAAUUUCAGGAGUAUACCAUGCUGUGUCUGUUAUGUGGCAAAGCUGAAGAUACUAUCAGUAUUCUCCCUGAUGACCCUCGACAAAUGACUCUCUUAUUCUAACACUCCUCCAGUUCUGUUGAACCCAUGUUGGAUUGGUUUACAAUACAGAAAGCCAGAUAGUUUUAUCUCAUAAACAAUGUUCUUUGUGUAUUUUCUUUCUUUCUUAGGCUUGCGUGUCCUUUGAAAGAAAAAGUGAUUCAAGGGAUUGUUGUUCCUUAGAACUGAGUUCUAGUGCUGAAGUUGCCAGUUCACAUCAGUGCGACCAGACUGAAACAUUUUUGUUAGCAGUCAUUUGGCCAGAAAGAAUUUCAGUGAAUGCAUACUUAGUGCUUAGGUCUUGGUUUCUCAUAAAAAGAACCAGGACUUCUUAGAAAAAUGAUUGGUGGAGUAGAACAGGAAAUAUGCAAGGUAAGCCUGAAGCAUCUUGGGCCACCAAAAAGUGAAGUACUAAGAAAAUUUUUAAAUCGGUGAUUGAGGAUAUGUCAAACAAAGGGGCCAGCUGAAGGAACUCCCAGUGACUAUAGAGCUGGAACAGAUACAGACAGAAGCAUUUGAUUCUCUCAUUUUUCCCUGUGCCAUCUGAAAGGAGGACGUGUGAUUCUCUCAUUUUUCCCUGUGCCAUCUGAAAGGAGGACGUGACUUGGCUGGUUACCAGCAUGCCUCUCUUGCAUUCUUCUCUUUGCUCCCCCUUACACGCCAGUGGACUGGGACAAUUUGCUUCAGUAUCCUCACUGACUGUCAAACCACCAUUCUCCAGUCCAGCAUGAGUGCAACCAGAGAGCAUGGUGCCCAUUCUCCACACCUGCCACUUCAUACGAUGCUAAAGAACGGGGAGGGUACCUUGGAGGGGAUAGGAUUAGGAAGGAGGGGGAUCUCAGCCUCUGCAUACCUAACAUUCAUAUCUCACUUUCAGCCCUCACCCUCACUGAAAUAGGCUUGCAAGCUGCUAUAUAAGCAGCAUUCCCCAGCCUUUUCCCAGGUUUUGAUCUGAAAGGGUUCCUUUCUAUGUACUUGCCUCACCCUGUGCUGUAGCACAGUCCCUGUUAAAAUAAAGACUUGUUUUGUUUUUCCUGUAA